CUCGCCAAUGGCCGUCGCCAUGGUGCCCAGGGACGCAUCUGCACACUGCGGCAUCCAGCGUCCGGAGCCCCAGGGUCGCUUCCAGUCUUCCUCAUCUACAUAAGAAGAAGGAUGUGACUCAGAGCCUGGAGAACUACACCUCCAAGUGUCCUGGGACGAUGGAGCUCAUCACUCUCCCAGAUGGCCUCACCCUGACCCUGUGCCCUUCACCAAGCUCCCCAUUGUCAGAUUUCCAGUGGGUUCAAGGGGACGUGUGUGAAGUCCAGCUGAUGGUGUACAACCCCAUGCUGUUUGAGCUUCGAGUGCAGAACAUGGGGCUGCUGACCAGUGGAGUGGAAUUCGAGUCGCGCCCCGCAGCGCUCUCCCUUCCAGCCGAGUCUGGUCUGUACCUGGUGACACUCGUAGGGGUCCCACAGACGACUGGAACGAUCACCAUGAACGGUUACCACACCUCCGUCUUUGGUGUUGUCAGUGACUGCCUGCUGGACCACCUCCCGGGAAUAAAGACCAGCAGCUCUACUGUGGAAGUCAUCCCCGCUUUGCCAAGACUGCAGAUCAGCACCUCCCUGCCCAGAUCGGCACACUCAUUGCAGCCUUCCUCUGGUGACGAGAUAUCUACCAACAUGUCUAUGCAGCUGUUCAACGGGGAGACUCAUCAACUCGCCGUCACCUUAGAAAACAUUGGCCUGGAACCCCUGGAGACACUGCAGGUCACCUCCAAACUGCUCCCCACCAAGGAGAAACUGUAUGGCAACUUCCUGAGCUGGAAGCUGGAAGAAACCCUUGCCCAGUUCCCCCUGCAGCCUGGGCGAGCAGCCACCUUCACUGUCACCAUCAAAGUGAACCUGGACUUCUCCUGCCAGGAGGGUCCCUUGCAGGACCUGAGUGAUGACUGCACACAUGGAGGAGAAGGCAGAAGCUUAGAGAAACACCAAGAAUAUCUCUGUGUUCUGUUCCAGCCUGUCCAAGGUUCUGACACCUCAUACUUCUUGGUGUCCAGCGUUGCAGCAUUCUUCCUCGGAUGCCGUGUAGAGCCCCGGCGCUGGACUUGGAACAAGGAGGUCUCAGCUCAAGGGCUGGCUCUGAGGAGGCCACCUGUGACCCCCCACUCCAGGCACAUUGCUGUGGCUGCUGGAGAGGAGGUGUCCACUGGCCUGAGCUCGGCAUGAGGUCCCCCGUAGCACUUGACCCCCAGGCCACGUGGCAGCUGCAGAGACUCCCACUCCUGGGGUACACAGUGUGGGUGAACAUGAGUGGUGAGUGAGUGGUGAGUGCGUGCUGGGCACGGGGAGGGUCCUGGAGCACCUGGGCAGGUGUGGCUCUGUCAGGCCCAAGCCUCACCUUUCAGGGUUGCCCGGUUUUCUGCUUGGGCACCAACACCACUGGGCCAUCUGGAGUUGGGACUCUGAGGGCAGGAAUGUGGCAACUCUUGCCAGUUCCUGCAGUUCCUUCUCUGAGCAAAAAGUAGCAGAGAUACGGGCUGAGUGCCCCAUGUGUCGGUGCAGCACGCGGGCAGGUGCAAUAGGCACCUGGGCUGUGCUGGCUGGCACAGGUGCUCCUCUGCUGCACUUGAUCUUGUGGCGGUUAUGGUGAUUAGGAAAGUGGGUUCUUUACAGACCCCAGUGAGGUGACGUUUCUCAUGAUGGCAUACCCCUGCGGGAACAGUUAGAACCAUGCACAGGAGAAAAUAGUGAUUGCUAACUAACCAGCCACGGGGUCACGGCUGUGCUGGGUGAGUGAGGAGUCCUGGGCCAACCCACACAGCACCUGGAGGCAGAAGUGCUUUGUUCAUCACCAUGUUACUUCACUGCUUUCUCUCACUGAGUUACAGCCACUGUUUUCUCU